AUGGCCCCACGAGAGCUAUCCUUUAUCCACAGCCGUGCUCCCCGAGCUGCUGGGCUGUCGGACAACGCAGUGGACGAGCACAAAGAUCUAAUUGGCGACCUAUACUUGACCCAAAGUUAUACUCGAGACCAGGUAAUCAACUACCUAGAAACAAAUCUGAGUUUCACCAUAUCUCGGGAUCAAUUCUCCAAAGCAACGAGACGUUGGGGUUUUCACAAGCAGCCUCGAGGAGCCCUCGCUAUUCAAUCAACACCGAAUGAGACGGCCAGUCAAAGCACGCCUUGUGAAACCGCAAGUAACGAGCCAUCAUGCGUGACCACCGUGGUUGACUCUACGGACCAAGGUCUCAUACUUACAAAUGAGUCAAGCAAACGCCCCCGAAGCGGCACAAGCUCUAUCAGUCGCAGGAGUGAUAUCACAACCCCUGGCCCAUCCUCGCCUCUUCCUCGCCGCCCACUGAAGCGACCCAAGCCCAGAAGCGAGUCAGGCGACUACACUCCGGGGCAUGUCGCAUACUGUGCAAGCAAGGCAGCUGUAAUCAGCCUUUCGCGUACAGCUGCGAAAGAGAAUGCUUAUAUCAGAGUUAACUGCGUCUCGCCUGGAUCCGUGAGUACUGCUGAAAGCCUAUCUGACACACCAUUGAAUCUCUCUACUGAUGGCGAUUUCCUUUCUACCCCAUUGACUGCACAAUCGAGUCCACGUUGUCAGUACACAUACGAUGACAAGCUGUCGGCAGAAUACCUAUCUUGUUGCCAUCGCUACACUAAAGCUUUCAACUACUACCUCAAGAUCUCUAUUCCUUUUCAACACAAAACGCCUUCAGCCAAGCAACGACGCGCCAGGAUGCUUGAUACGGCAAGGACUGCCAAGAAACGAAGACUUUGUGAGAUCGUGAAGGUGAUGAUGGAGUCUGAGCUCAAGAUGAGCAAUGACCCUCUGAUUGGAGAGGUACACGACCCUUGCCCUUCCGAUGGAGUUGAGAUGAGCCCUAUGCAGUCCUUCCUAUUUCAUCGCCACCUUGCGCAGAUCUAUGCGCAUAAUGGAGAUACCAGCCUUGAACAAAAACAUCUUGAUAAAGCCAGAAACUUUACAAAGGCUUUCGACGCACUUGGUCCAGAAUCGAUAGACCUUUGGACAUUGCUGCGUCUCCAAGGAAAGAAGCAUCAUGAUAUUUCAGAGGAUUUGCUGAACUCACUCCAGUGGGAUAACAAAUUGUUCGCAUCCGAUAUGGAGCGUUGCCUUACGCUUUGUUGGCGCACGCUGAGAGAUACUCAAUGUCCAAAACCUUUCCCAGGCUAUGACAAAGAGAGACUUGAGGGGAUGAACCCGACUCAGAUGAGUGACCUGGCUCUUCAAAAGAGACCACUCUAUCUGUGGAGGAAAUCCAGUUUCCUAUUUACCCACUUUUGGAAAAACAUCCAACUGGAACGUGAAUCUCCUGUCCCGUGGGGCCAAAGCCUGCCUACAAUUUCCGCGACACACUUUUUGUUGGUUGUGAGCAGGAUCAUCGUUCAAAGGUCGCUUCUUGUCUCCUCUGAACCUAGCAAUGGCCCACCCGGACUUCGGCCCUCAGACGUAUCACUCUAUUGUGAAAUCAUACCAGCGCUUCUUUAUGAUAACUCAUUCACACCAGAAAGUGCCAAAAGGGAGUUUGCCACGCAAUUCGUUGAGCAUUACUCAUGGUCUCCACCAUCUGCUCGCAAAAGUGAUCUCGCUCGAGAAGUUCAGACUCAUCAGAUGGAAGCACUCGAAUCAGUCUUGGCCACUCGACGCAGCCGGUCAUCAACUCCAACAUCUCACACAUUGACAGCUUUGAAAGAAAUUACCGGCAAAGUUCGACGUGCAUCAACUGACAACGAAUUUUUGGACUGGCUGAUACAACAACACGAGCAGCUAGCCUCUACUAACCAGAGAGAUACCAUCAUACAUGUCGAAGGGGCGCUAUAUCCCCCGUCUUUCGGGUCUUCUAGUAUUUCUUCUUAUUUAAGAACAUCUCUGUCUGCCCAUCAUAUAUACCUGGACGUGCUGAAUGGAAACCCUACUCUCGCCAGAUCCUUGGCGUCUAGGUCUUCGCGCUCUUCUCAGGUGUCAGGCUCAAGCUCACUUCAAAGGUUCAAAGCAGCAGCGCCGAACAGAAAAGAACAACCAGAUACACCCUUGGGGCCUGGGAUUCACGAACUCCUCCGGCGUUUGGAGGAUGGAGAGCUAUCAUGGGAAGAUUGCCCGUGGGAUGAUUAUUUCCAGUCACUGGAGCGCCCCGAGCCCAGGAGAGAUUUGAAAUCGGCCAUGCCAACUCUAAUGGAGGAGGGAUCGGUUGUACCAGAGGAGGAGAAGGAAAAGUCAACAACAAGGUGGAGGAUAGUGAAACUGCUUAAAGGCAAAGGUAAAGUAGAUGCAGUCGGCUUAGAAUAG